UUUUGCCUCUUGUUAGAUAUAUUGUACUCUGGAAGAAUGGUUUCAACUUUCAACAAUGGAGCAAUGCAAAUGCCUUGAAUCAGGAGAAGUUGGAUUUAUUUCGCUCUGGAUUGCAAAUAAAGAGCUAACGGAGGAAAAUCUAUCGAGGCAGCCUCUUGCAGUAUAAAUGGGGGUCUGUUGUAGCAAGGGCGCAGGGAUAAUUGUGGAGAAUGGCACGGAUGAUGGUAAUGAACAUGGAGACGCAGAGGCUGAUGUAAGGGACAGAAACGAUGGUGCCAUCAUAAGGUCCAGCGGAUCAUCCAAACACGUUUCCAUGGCAAUCAAACAAGGCAAAAAGGGGAUCAAUCAAGACGCCAUGACAGUCUGGGAGAACUUUGGUGGUGAGGAAGAUAUGAUAUUUUGCGGUGUAUUUGACGGUCACGGCCCCAUGGGUCACAAGAUCUCUCGUCACAUAUGUGACAGUCUACCUUCAAGGGUCCAUUCGAGAAUCAGAUGUGGCGGCAAUGCAAACAUAGAGAAUGAUAAUAAUUCAAAGAGCCAGGAGGGUUUCUUGGAGGAAGUGCUAGUGACACUCUUUAAGCGAAUAGACAGCGAACUUGGUCUUGACUCUCCUUAUGAUAGUUUUUGCAGCGGCACAACUGCUGUAACCGUCCUUAAACAGGGUGACUGCUUGGUGAUCGCCAACUUGGGAGAUUCACGAGCUGUUCUUGGCACCCGUGGAAGCAAGAACAAUCUCAAAGCUGUCCAACUCACGGUUGAUCUGAAACCCUGUGUCCAACGAGAAGCAGAGAGAAUAGUAGCAUGCAAAGGAAGGGUGUUUGCGAUGGAAGAGGAACCUGAUGUGUAUAGAGUGUGGAUGCCUGAUGAUGAUUGCCCUGGACUCGCAAUGUCGAGGGCGUUUGGUGAUUUCUGCCUCAAAGACUAUGGACUUCUCUGCGUUCCUGAGGUCAUUUUCAGAAAAGUCGGUAGAGAAGACGAGUUUGUGGUUCUAGCCACCGAUGGGAUUUGGGAUGUUUUGUCAAACGAAGAAGUGGUGAAGAUUGUGGGUUCCUGCAAGGACCGGUCAGUGGCCGCAGACACGUUGGUUCAGAGAGCAGCUCGGGCAUGGAGAACGAAGUUUCCAACCUCUAAAGCUGAUGACUGCGCCGUGGUGGUGCUUUACCUGAACCACCGGCCAUACCCAAGAGAAGGGAACGUGAGCAGAGCGGUAUCGACUGUUUCUUGGAGAUCAGGUAAAAGCAAUAGAGUAUAAUGGAGUCGCACCUUGGUCGCCACAGAGUCUACCGCAAAGUAGGAUAUGAUGGUUUGAACCUGUUGAGUGUCUUUGAUGCUUACUCAACACGAAACUUUUAUUUGUGCAUAAAAUGACUUUUGUGUUUCUGUGUAUAUGUAUUGUUUAAUAAAGCAAUUGAAAAAGGGAUAAAUAAAAGUAGAUGAGCUAA